CAAUAGUAACAGCAACCAGCCGGUCCGAAUCAACUGUGACCUUACGGGACUGGACGAUAGGGCUGCAUCAAGCCGCUGGAAGCCUCGCAAUCCACAAGAUGGCAACCGACACCUCACCAUCCACAUCUUCAAGCAGCCUUGCAGCCUCCGUCUCUCAUGCUAAGAUCGGCGGUACGCUGGUCUUGUCCUCUCACAUGCUGCGAUGGGUUCCGACUCAGUCUUCCUUGGCCUCUCAAUCGAUCACAAUUCCAUUGCAGCAUAUUGAGAAGCUGCUUGCAUCGGUCGCCAAGCCAGAGUCCCAAACAUUCAGCCUCAAGAUUGUCUUCUUCCAACCAGAGGAUCCUGAAAAAGAGAGAUUACGCGUCCUCGGAAAGGGAGAUGUUCUAUUCACAUUUACCGCACCAGAGGGUAGAGAAAGGGCUCUUAAUGACAGAGAAGAAUUCAAGACUAGACUAUAUGGGAUCGCCCAGAAUAACAAGAAGGAGAGAGAAGGGGCAUCUGAAUCUCUCAAAGAGCGCUCCAACGACCGCAAGGAGGCAGCUAAUGGCUGUUCGUCUGCACCUGAGUCAGCCGCAAAGGACAAUAGCUCUUCGAAAACAGUCCCCAUGGCACCAGUGCCAGCCCCCUUGACGGCCGAGGAAAAGGUAAAGCGGCGGGAACAGGAGCUGCAAUUGCGCAUUUCAAUUUUGCAUGCCAACCCAGAACUCAAGUCACUCCAUGCCGACUUGGUUAUCAGCGGUAUUAUGAGGGACGCAGAGUUCUGGUCCCAUCCGACAAGAUCAGCCUUGCUCCGUUCAGAACGAGCGCUGAUGCAGCAGCGACAAGGCCGCAAUGCACGAAUCGCGGACCCCAAGCCAACGAAUGAUGAAGAAGGAAAUUUGAAGAUAAAUCUCAGUGCCCAGAUGGUUCGUGAUGUUUUCGAGCAGUACCCCGUGGUCGCAAAAGCAUACAACGACCUAGUACCGAAACAGAUGGAUGAGCAGACCUUCUGGACGCGCUACUUCCAAUCUAGACUUUACCACCGGCUGCGCACCUCGGCGCGAUCUGCAGCGUCACAGCACAUUGUCCGCGCAGAUCUUAUCUUUGACCAAUACUUAGAUGACAUCGUGGAGGACGACGGGCUCGAAUCAAAGCGCGAAUUUCAUGCCCAUGACAACUUCUUGGACCUCGCGGCUACCGAAGAAGAUCACGGCGAGACAGGGAAUACAAAGGACUGGCCCAUGCGAGCAGGGGCGGAAAGGAGUGCGCUUCCUUUGCUUCGCCGAUUCAACGAGCAUUCCGGCAGCCUGCUCGACUCUGCUUUGGGUGAGCAAGGCAGAGCCAGCUGGAGUAGAGUCACAGGACCUUCUGGCGAAAGAACAGUCCCGGCCGCUAGCGCCAGCUCGAAUCGAGGUCUAGACGAAGCUAUCUCCCGUACACGGCAGCAUUACGACCAGAUCGUCAUCAACCAGCUUGAAGAGGAAAAGCGUGGCGGGACUAGGGCGCUUGAGGUUUCUCAGGACAAGCAAGGAUUCUUUCAAGGUACCCACGAUCGGGAAGGCUCUGAAACUGGCGAUGUUAGCCAGGAAGUGCUGGAGGAUUUGUUGAGAUCCGUUCAGGGCCAGCUUCUGGACUGGUCAGACUCAACUACGCGCAUGAUGGGCGGCUACGUUCCCAAUUGCAAAGAGAAUGAGCGAGCCAUGCACACCAUCCUCGAGCGUGUGAAACAGCAGGAAGAGGCCCGCAGUGAAGAUAUAUCUGAGAACGACCUAUCGGAAAGCAUUCAUCAGCAUUUAAUAUCUUGCCAUGCAGCGACAACCGAGUUUUUGCGACAGUUUUGGGCUGCAGUCGCUCCACAACCGUCUCCCCCGCCAGGUAUGGCCAUCAAGGCGGAGGAUGAAGCGGAAAAGAAGCCGCUGACUCCAGCGCAGCGACAAAAACGAGCAGUGAGAAUGCUUACACUCCUCAAGAAUUCGGGCGAGCGAGCGGAUGGGGUCGCCAAGCUUGCCGAGGAGAAACAGCCGGGUCGCGGCGCAAAACGCGUCAAGCUGGCGCUCGAGGAGACGGAGAAGGCGGUAGCUCGAGCUCUCAAGAUUGGCCAGAGCAUGUACCCUCAAGUCUUUGUUUCCCAUGGAAGCAGCUGACGCGAGUACAAUAUAGUAGGAGCAUCAA